ACAGUUGACUUCGUCCUGUGACACGCUACGAUCCUGUCGCAGCCACCCACUUCAAAUCUUCUUACGAUAAAGUAAUUGGAUCCUUAAAUCAUCCAACAUUCUUACUGCUGUUCCAAGUGUACAAUGCAUCAUUGUCUGCAAAUAUCAGAGAUCGUGGACCUCAUCGUUGAGGAGGCUGCGAUUGCGAAGGCUCGUAGCAAGUCCUCAUGCCUUCAUCCCGUCGCUGCACUGGCGGCGGUCUGUCGCCAGUUUUACGAGCCCGCGAUGAAUGUUCUGUGGAGGGACCUCAAGGAUAUCUACCCCCUUCUCUGCUGUUUUCCUUCAGAGUAUUUGAAUGAUACUAACGAUGAUAACAAACGCUCAGCCGAGACUGUAUACACUAGAGUUCCUCCUGGCUCUGAUUGGGACCAUUUCCUCCGAAAUGCGGCUCGAGUUCGCAGUUUGACAAUUGAUUUCGGGGACAGGAACCGACCUCUACGCGUACUGAGCACCUGUCGGCCCGGGGCACAACUCUUUCCGUCGUUGCGCAAGCUGGAAUGGAUCGGGGGUUCUGAGAAGGAAUGCGAGCUUUACGCCUCGCUUCUCAUCAACCCGAAGCUUACCCACAUAGAUAUCGCUUGUGACAUUGGGUCUGCCACCACAUCCCCCAUAUUCGAUGCACUCCAGUCAAAUGCCUCAGAACUCAAGUUCUUCGAAUUGAAAUCCAACCUUUGGGAAGCUGAUCUAGAAUCAGAUAUUUUGAUUGCGCCUGCGCUAUCCCGUCUGAUAUCCUCGUUCAAUUCCCUCAGCACUCUACACACUCAUUUGCCAUUGUCCCCGGACGCCUUCAUUUGUAUCUCUGCUUUGCCCAGCAUGCGGGAGUUGUUUGUGAAGCCAACAGUGGCAAUUGUUGAAAGGCUUCAACGACGAGACACAACUACGCCAGUUUUCCCCGCGCUUGAGGUGCUUAAGAUCUACUUCGAACCGAGCUGUGACCCUACAGCAGUCGUGCAAGCAAUCACUUCAUCUCAACUUCGUGAAUUUAGCAUGCAAGAAAAGGGUAUAGACGAUACCUUGGCCAUGGAUGUCCUGGAGCGGAUUUUCCAGGCACUAUCCAGCCACAAAUCCUUGCGUUCAGUCAGCUUACCUAUCUCACCAGCCUCCCCCGACAAGGCAAUAGGUCUCAAAUCAUCGGACCCUUCAAGAGAGUUGUGCCAUUUGCAACCACUUCUCUCUCUGUCUGCCAUGAACACCUUUAGGGCCCAACAUAUUCCAUUCGACCUUACCAAUGAUUGCUUAACGCAAAUCGCUUCCUGGUGGCCUCACAUUCAGCAUUUAGACCUAGGAUCCUCGGCCGUACAACAUUCGUCACAAGUUACAAUGGUGGGACUGCAUGCACUGACUACCAGGUGCAAGCAACUUCGAAAUAUCGGCCUUGUAUUCGAUGCCUCGGAUAGCGCAGUCCAGAACUAAUAUCAAAUAAAGGCUCGACUUCACAGGUUCAAUGCGUCUUGAACGUCGGACAAUCUUCCAUUGAGACACCCUAUCGCGUUGCGGUGGUUUUGUCGGAUAUUGCCUCCGUAGUCUCAAUCAAUGUAUCUGGGGGUGAUGUCCUCAGAUGUCAUAUCAAGAGAUGGGGAGUGACGAACAGACUAAUACCUGUGUUCACCGCAGUGAGGAUGAAGGAACGGGAACGGGCCCGAGCUAUAUAUUCAUCGUAGAAAUGUGUUGCUCGAUUAGUAGCUGACGGUCCGCUUCUUUCGGUGAUCAGACAUACUCUCGGAUUAUCAUAUUCAGUGCACUUAUUGGAGGGAGAUGAGGAUGAUAGUGAAUGUCUGGGUCUCGGAAAAUUCAGUGGAGAGCUUCCUUGAGUCCUCUGCGAUUUUAUCUUGUAACUGACCACGAUACUAAUGUAAAGAUUGCUGAAGUCACUG